AUUGCCGCACAGCUGUGUUUCAAGUCGCUCUGUUAAUUCGCACAAUCCGUAAAGUAUCCAGAAGUUUGUUAAAAUACAACUCGACAAACAUCAAAAUGGCCUUUAAUAAACUGAGCAUCGAGAAUCUGGAUCUGGAGGGCAAACGUGUCUUGAUGCGUGUUGACUUCAAUGUGCCCAUCAAGGAGGGCAAGAUCACGAGCAACCAGCGAAUUGUUGCCGCCGUGGACAGCAUCAAGUUGGCGCUGACGAAGAAGGCCAAGUCGGUGGUGCUCAUGUCCCAUCUGGGUCGUCCCGAUGGUAACAAGAACCUGAAGUACACGCUGGCUCCCGUUGCCGACGAGCUGAGCAAGUUGCUCGGCCAGAAAGUCACAUUCCUCAACGAUUGUGUGGGCGCCGAAGUCGAGGCUGCCUGCAAGGAUCCCGCUGUGGGUUCCGUGAUUCUGCUCGAGAACGUGCGCUUCUAUUUGGAGGAGGAGGGCAAGGGUUUGGAUGCCAGCGGUGGCAAGGUCAAGGCCGAUGCCGGCAAGGUCAAGGAAUUCCGUGCCAGUCUCGCCAAGCUGGGCGAUGUCUAUGUGAAUGAUGCCUUUGGCACCGCACAUCGUGCCCACAGCUCCAUGAUGGGUGAUGGCUAUGAGAAGCGUGCCGCCGGCUUGCUGCUCAACAAGGAGCUCAAGUACUUCUCCCAGGCCCUGGACAAGCCACCAAAUCCCUUCCUGGCCAUUCUCGGUGGCGCCAAGGUCGCCGAUAAGAUUCAAUUGAUUGAAAACUUGCUCGACAAGGUCAACGAGAUGAUCAUUGGCGGCGGCAUGGCCUUCACUUUCCUCAAGGUGCUGAACAACAUGAAGAUUGGCGGCUCUCUGUUCGAUGAGGAGGGCUCCAAGAUUGUCCAGAAUCUGGUCGAUAAGGCCAAGAAGAAUAAUGUUCAACUCCAUUUGCCGGUCGAUUUCGUUUGUGGCGACAAAUUCGCUGAGAAUGCCACAGUGAGUGAGGCAACUGUGGAAAGUGGCAUUCCCGAUGGUCACAUGGGUUUGGAUGUGGGACCCAAGAGCCGUGAACUCUUCGCAGCGCCCAUUGCACGCUCCAAGCUUAUCGUCUGGAAUGGUCCACCCGGUGUCUUUGAGUUCCCCAACUUUGCCAAUGGCACCAAGUCCAUUAUGGAUGGCGUUGUGGCUGCCACCAAGAAUGGCACCGUUUCCAUCAUUGGCGGCGGAGAUACGGCCUCCUGUUGCGCCAAGUGGAACACUGAGGCUCUUGUCUCUCAUGUCUCCACCGGAGGCGGCGCUUCUCUGGAGCUGCUCGAGGGCAAGACACUGCCAGGCGUUGCUGCUCUAUCCAAUGCCUAAGCCUGACCAGCUUCAACUCAACUGCUAUCUAAUUCAAUCUCUCGGAUAUAUUAUAUGUUAAUCAUGUCGUUGCUGCGCACGAUGUUGUUUAUCUUUUAAGCCCCAAAGUUCAAUAAACGAAAUUUUAAGUUAACAAAA